AUGGCAAGCCCUUCCUUUUCCCUGUCGUCGCAUGAAAGGACGAGAGUUGAGGAUUACUUGAACGACAAGAUUCAAAUAUCUGCCGACUUUGAGAGCCUUGAUUCGUUGUUAGCCACUCUCCGUGCUCAGCAUGAACUCCAACGGAAACAGCUAGCAGAAGCCCAACAAGCACUGCUCAGUGCAUCCAAAGCCUCCAACGACCAUGCCGAAGCCACACGGAAGCGAGCCGAAGCCUUUAAGGAGGAGCAAGAGGAUAUCGAUAAGCGAUUGAAAGCCAUAACAGGUUCCGACGCCAGCGAUGAGGCAGCAAAGCGCUUUGAAGUGAGCAUAGAUAAGCUCCGACGACUGGAGAUCUCAAAGGGUUAUGUGACCCUCCUGAGGGAAGCAGAAGAAUUGAGCAAGGAGGCCCUGAGCAACAUACAAUCUUCACCUCGCCUUGCUCUAGAACAGUAUUCGCGCCUGAGAAGCAUCGUACAAUCGCUGAAGGAUGCUCAACCCGCAGCCGAAGGAGCGGCCCCUCAUCUUGUCGACUACCUGGAACAGCUGGCCUCUGGUCUGAGAAAACAGAUGAAGGAGAAUUUUUCCAAGAGGCUUCAGAAAACACUCGAACAAAUGGGAUGGCCUUCGAAGGACUUCCGUCUACCAGAAAAUCUGAGGACACAGUGGAUCGAGAAUGUCGAAUUGCUUCUUGAUUUACAGACACCGGAACUCACAGGACGUGAUAUCGAUGUGAAGCAGCAGAGUGCCGAACCACCGAUCUUGUUACCCUUGGAAGUGAUGGUACAUCCGCUGGAUCUUCGCUUCAAAUACCACUUCAGUGGAGACAAGCCAACAAAUAGACUUGACAAGCCAGAAUACUUCCUGGGUCACGUCGUGGACUUGAUCAACACUUUUGGAGGGUUUUUCGCUUCUUCGCUGCAACCUGUCUUCGACAAGAAGGCUCAAGAAGUCGGUUCAGCUCUAGAAUGGAACUUUUACAACGCCUCUCAUGCCUUUAUCACAGCUCUUUUGCCGAUGCUGAGGCAGAAAUUAUCGACUGUGCUUCCUAGCAUUUCUGGACAUUCACAGUUACUCAGCCAUCUCGUACACGAGCUGAUGAACUUUGACAACGAGAUUCGGGAGACUUGGAAUUAUCUGCCUGAUCCAUACUCCAAGGAUAAUUGGAAGGGAAUGACGUGGGAGGUUCUCACCAAGGAAGGAUGGUUUGACCGCUGGCUUCAGGUUGAGAAGGACUUUGCACUGGCCCGCUAUAAGGAAAUCAUCGAUGCAACGGACAGCGGUGAGAUUGACUACGAAGGAGUCGAGCUUUCGGCAACCAAACCCACCAAAGCAGCGAUUCGCGUGAAUGAUUUGCUUGAAACGAUCACUGAACUGUAUCGGCCUCUGUCAUCUUUCGGUCAAAAACUGCGGUUCCUUAUCGACAUUCAGAUUACAAUCUUCGACCAGUUUCACGAGCGCCUCCGUUCCGCGCUUGAAGCUUACCUUGCAAUGACAUCUACGAUUGGCCGCACGGUACAAGGCGCAGAUGGACAAGCCAGCGUGGAAGGUGUGGCUGGAUUGGAGCGUCUCUGCAGGGUUUUUGGGAGCUCCGAGUACUUGGAGAAGAAGAUGGAGGACUGGAGUAAUGAUGUGUUCUUCGUCGAACUGUGGUCUGAGCUACAAGAACGAGUCAGACAGAACAAGGACUCAGGUAGGAAUGUGGCCGGUCCUAUGUCUGUAGCAGACGUUGCUUCUCGUACCUCUCAGAUGGUCGCAAAUGGUCAUCAUAGCAGCGGCCAAGGUACAAGCUCGGAUGGAGCUCUGUUCGACGAAACAGCAUCCGCCUACCGUCGUCUCCGGCUGCGUUCUGAAUCGAUUCUCACUUCGACCUUGAUCUCAAACACACAGUCGGCCCUCAAACCAUAUGUUCGCAUGUCUGCGUGGGCAACUAUUUCUACUACAUCACCUUCCGAGGCAACCUCGUUACCACCGUCGGCGGAUCUUGCGCCUGCCAUGCGAACCUUAUCCACUAGCAUCUCUUUCCUAUCGCGCGCACUGGGCAUAGCACCGCUACGUCGAAUCAUUCGCCAGGUACUUCUCUCCGUUCAAACUAAUCUUUGGAGUAACGUCCUCAUGAGACAUACGUUUUCCGCCGCCGGAGCGGCGCAAUUCGCCAGCGAUAUUGACCACCUCUGCAAUGUUGUUGAUGUCGCUUUGGGACCGGCCGGCCUGGCAGGAGGCUCGACUAGAGUUUUUGCGAAGCUCAACGAUGGUCUUCUACUGCUGGACCUGACGGUUGUUGCUCCCAAAUCUGGCGACGUAUCUGCGACCCAGGAGGGCGCUGAUUCGCAGGAGGAACCCCAUCUUGGACUUUGGGAGGUGGAGAAGAGGCUAUUCCGGGAUAACGAGAGUGCUCGAGGCGUUCUGGCUGAGUUGAAUAUCGAGACCCUUACAGAAGCUGAGGCAAGAGCUGUACUUGAGCGACGAGUCGAGAUUGGUUCUUAG